ACAACAACAACAACAACAACAACAACAACAACAACAACAACAACAACAACAACAAAACCAACCUUCCCUAUCCCAUCAUCCUCCCCCAACGCCGCCCGAGCACCAAAACCCGCAGCUUUAUCCACGCUUACGCCCCGGUACUUUCCACACACGUCUCUCCUCCCCUCGCACCUGUCGACUUCAACGCCUUCCUCGCCUCCUUGCAACGCGCCGCUCGCGCUUCCCCCAUCUUUGACGCCGUACUGCUCACUGCCGGUCUCGUCGGGAUAUAUCCUGGUUGGAUCGCGCUGGCGGUCACAACGGCGGCACAAGUAGCUGUGAAGGUCGGGCAGGAGAUGCAGGAACGGUGGCAGGUGAAUAAAGCGUUAGAGGAGGCCAAUAGAGAGAUUUGGGGUCCAAGGGGAUUGUGGGCGAUGGUGGUGAGGUGGGUGCCGGAGGAGGGACUUGGGGAGGGAGAGGCGGUGGGGAGCACGAUGGUGGAUAUGAGUGCGGUAGUGGUGGUGAAAUAUGGGGGUGCGUCGGGGUUGGGAGUGGCGGAGGGAGCAGAUCAAGGGGAGAGUAGCAUGGUGAGGGAGGUGAAGGAGAAGGUGAAGAGGUUAAGGGUGGCAAGUGGCAAGACGAAUGGGGAGGAGAAGAUGCCGGUUGAAUGUGCGCAGUUGGUUUUCCCGGAAAUAGAUGAAGCGGCAAAGAAGGCCGCCGUGGAAGUGAAGAAAGAAGGAAAGGAGGUGAGUGUUACAUCUGUUGUGGAGUCAUUUGUGGGCAAGGCGAAGAGUUCGAGUAACUUUGUGAAUGAGUAUCUGGAUCGCAGGGCGGCAAUGGAGUUCUCGCGCUUCUCUGACCCGAAUGCUGCGGUCAACAAGCAUCUCAUUACCAUGAUCACUGGUGGGCGCAUCAAAGCCGAGCCGUUGGGGGCGCGUAGACGGUGGGAGAAGGCGCAGAGGAAGCGGAGAGAGCAGAUCGCACAGGGGAAAUUGAUAAAGCCGGCCAAGAGAUUCUUGCAGGAGGACGUGUUGUACCUAAUGAUUGUGAAUAUGCCGACCGAAGAAGAGUUAGCAGAGGCAAGAAAGAAGAUUGCAGAGGCUAAGAAGGAAAAGAAGUAG